AUGGGAGACCUCAACACAGAUGCUGCAACCAGCUCCCCAUACCCUGGGCCGGCUCUUCCAACGCCAAAUCACAUACGCAUCGUCUCCCUCCAGCCUGGAAGCAAUGAACCAAUCACCUGUGAGCUGAUAAUCGCUGAAAUUCAUUCAGACAUCUCUUAUGAAGCAUUAUCAUAUACCUGGGGAGACCCUGACGACCGCCAAGCCGUCUUCAUCAAGGCUCAUGAGCAUGAGCGACCAAAAGAGUUAUUUGUGACUUCUAACUGUGUCUCUGCUCUUCGUCGUUUACGAUAUCAAGACCGCCCACGUAAUUUAUGGAUAGACACUCUGAGCAUUGAUCAAUCGAAUGUGGCAGAAAGAAACCACCAAGUGUCUCUUAUGGCUGCGAUUUACUCCAGUGCCACAACCGUUGCCAUCUACCUCGGCGAGGCUUCAAUGGACAGCGAUCUAGCGGUUGAUUUCAUCAUAGAAUGCGAUAAACCGUCUUCAGAUACAAACUCUCUAAGCUACCCAAAAUCCGAAGAGUUGGUCCAAGCAUUAAGCAGUUUCUUCCGUCGACCUUGGUUCACAAGAGUAUGGAUUAUUCAAGAAGUCGUAUUACCAGCGACUGGUAUGGCAUAUUGCGGGGACAAAGCACUAUCUUGGUCGACAAUUAAGCAAUUCAGUAAUUGGAACACAACCAACAAAUGGCUACAACAGCUGCCAUUCGUAGUCUCUGCACCUAGCGUCUCGUUGACAGAGCACCAUGUGGAGUCGCCGAUGCUCAAACUCCUUAUUCAAGCAAGACAUUGCGAGGCAACAGAUCCCCGAGAUAAGAUCUACAGCAUGCUAUCGUUGCUAGACAAAUCAGGCAAGCAAUUCGGUCUCAAGCCACGAUAUGAAGAUCCAGUUGCCAAAGUCUAUACAGACUGCGCCCUUGCCCUCAUACCUGAUAGCGGCUACGGCCUUCUUAGUGCUAUGCAGGGAGAUUCAACGAUGGAUGGUCUGCCAUCAUGGGUGCCAGACUGGAGUGUCCAACCCAAACGCGAAAUCCUUGGAACAUCUUUGCGCAUAGCACAAAACAGACCUCAAAUAUUCGAAAAGCGAGCGGAUAAUCCUAAGAGUCCACAGAUUGUCUUGGAUGAGUCAACCACCGGUGCAAUAAAAGAUCCCGCGAGGUUACGUAUAGCUGGCUACGCAUGUGGCAAGAUUACCAAAAUGGGCUCGCCAUAUCUCGCCGGCCAAGGCCUUUUUCCAUUACGUGAGUGGAAGUCUCUACUACAAGAUGAGGCUGUGGUUGGUAGAAGAAAGGCAAACGUCGUUCCCCAGUACUACCACGGCAACGACUCAAACGAAUACUUCUUUCACGAAAUUAUAAGCACUUAUAGCGCCGGGUAUGAUAAUGCCAUUAUUCGAUUUGUCCGAAAGGAGCGAGCGCUAGAGCGCGACGGAUCUGCACUGAGUUGGGAAGCUCGUGUCAGGCAAAUGGCGUCGGAAAGGAAUUCUGCACAAGCUACAGAAGAUUCUUUGUUGCCUUUUACCGAUAUUCCAUUCCGUCUUGCAGCAAAGGACCAACCCCCCAGUUACCUGCUCUAUGUCCAGGCUAUUUUAAGGCAUUGCCACUCUCGUCGCUUUUUUAUCACCGAUACAGGGUACAUGGGCAUUGGACCAGAAGACGCGAAAAUUGGUGAUGAAAUCUACAUUUGUGUCGACGCUGCAGUUCCAUUCGUAUUUAGGGAUAGCCGCAAAAUUAGCAGCGCCCAAAGUACCAAAGCUUUCCAACUGGUAGGAGAAUGUUAUAUAGAUAAGAAGGCGUGGAAAGACCUGGAAGAUCGAACGAGCUCGCCUCAGUAUCUUGAUGUCAUAUAA